AUGGAUAUAGAUUUUGAAUUGAAAUUUAACCGUUAUCCGAUUUUUUCAGGAAGCAAGAGGCGAUUUUCUCUCUUGAGCUCAACUUUCUCGUUCUCGUUUUCUGGUGGCAAGCGGCUCCUUCAGUCGGGACUUGUGAUUUGGGGAGGUGGAGUCGCCGGAUUCGGUGACCGUCAGAGUUUGGGUCACCUUUCGUUGGUGGUUCCUUCUUCCAUGUCUUGUCUCCUUCGUGCUCGAGUUGAUCUAUGGUUCGUGCGCGUCCCUGUUGAUGGUGGUGGAGAUGGAAAGGGUUUCUCUGCUGGUUUAGGUGGAAGCAGAUCGAUGGGUGUUUUGAACGACAAAGGCUUGGGAUCGAGUGGUUGGUGUGUAUGGGUUCGAUCUUGUUCGGCAAAGGUAUCGAAUUCAAAGGACGGAGAGAUGUCAGAGCUUUGGGUGAAUGAUGGUCUCGGAAUUCGUCUUCCCUCUUCCACCGCUUUUAGUGUAGCCAAUAAUCAGUUUUCGCUUUUAGUUUUCAAUAGUCAGUUCUUGUAA